AUGUUCGGUAAGCGAACGGUGCGUUUUCUUCCCGUAUUCCCGGCGCAAAAAACGAGGACGAGAAAAAAGGGGCUUGGGCAGCGGGGACGGGACGCAGGGAACAAAGAGCCCGUGCGGCAAAAACAGGCAGGCACGGCAGCGCAGACUCCAGAGGCUCGUCGCCCUACGCAAGCGGCCGCAGCCCGGCAGCGCUGCACUCCCCGUACGCGCUGCCCCGGCCCCAGAGCUUUCGCGAAUACGGGUUUGCGCACUGCGGCGGGGCUGCGCCGCAACCAAGCUUGCCCUGUGGCUCCGCCCCGCCGCCCGGCGCGGAUUGGUGGUGGGCGGCAACCCGGCUGCCGAUUGGGUAGCGAAGGAGCCAUUCGGGGCGGCUCUGGUGGGUUCGGCUGCCCCAGAGUGAUAAGUUCGGCUUCAGACACGCCUCAGCGCCAGCAGCGAGUUGGAGCUCUAUGGAGGCGGCGGCGGGUACCGGGUGGUGGCUGCAGCAGCGACUCCUCUGAGCUGAGAGUUUCCAGUCCGCGACUCCUUCCUUCCCCUCCCUCCCCCUUUUUUGUUUUCCGUUCCCCUUCCCUUCCCUUCCCCGUCCCCGGCGACCGGAUCCUGAGGAGGCAGCUGCGGCGGCAGCUGCUGAGUUCUCGGUGAAGGUUUCUCGUUUCUCCCGUCCCCGCCCCUCCCCACCCCAUCCAUUAAUAUUAUUCUUUUGAAGAUUCUUCGUUGUCAAGCCGCCAAAGUGGA